AUGACCAUAGAAGUAGCUUUCGUGGCCAAAGAAGAUGAGGGCGUCUACGUGUCGUAUAGCCCCACGCAAGCUGUGGCCACCAAGGUCCCAGCGGGACAACACAGCAAAGAAAAUGAAUUCGCGAGUUCUGUCAUUAUCCGUCGCAAGGACGAUUCUACUCAGAUGGAUGGCUUCAUUGAGAAUGGCGCCAAAGCUGGAUUCAAGGGACUGAGAGCGUAG